AUGGAGGAUAGGAAGAAUGCGUUUCUGUUCCACCUAUUCUCCUCCGCAGAGAAUAAGCAGGAGGGGGGACAAAAAGCCAAGGUGACAAAUUACAAAUUCAUCAAACUACCUAGCAUAAGCGAGCCACACAAAUGUGUGUUAUACCACUACAGUGAAAAGAGCAACCUGUUGUACCUGCUGGAACGGAAUUACUAUAACCCUAAAAUUGAAUCCCUAAAACAUGAAAAUGAAAAAAUAAACAAAAGUUGUGUGUCCCUUUUUAUAAAUAACUACGCUGUGCAAAAUGAAUGUAGCUUUUUCUGCUACCCCAUUGAUGCAAUUUUUGUCUUCAUAAGUGUCAUAUAUCAAAAUUGCUCCAGCAACACGUACACCACAUUGGGGGAUUACCUAGACAAUAUUUUAAAAGACAUAGGGAAGAGGGAAAAAAACGAAAUAAGCAAAAAUAUCUUUUUCAUUUUUAACAAAAAUGUGAGUAAUAUCAAGGAGAGACUAAAAAAUAUUUGUGAUGAGUGUUACGAAAUGGGUAAAUAUUAUUACAAGCCGAAUUUGAAAAAGGUUCAAAAUUUUUACAAUCUUAAAUGUGUUAAGUUAUUCAAUUAUAUAAUUGACAAUAACAUCGUUUUCUCUGAUUAUGCGUACACUAUAGAAGAGGAUAUUUUGAAGAAACACAAAAUUGAUAUUAACCUCCAUGCGAAUAGCACGUCCAAAGUUAAAAGUGCGAAAUUGAAACAGACCGAUGUGUAUGCUGAAUAUAAAAAGCUGGUAGACUCAUACGUUAUACAGUUUAAUAAAAAGUACUACAGAUUUUGUGGAUCCAAUUUGAGGACUUUUGUUUGGCUAAUUGUGAAGGGUUUUAUGAGUUCCUCUUUGAGUGGAAAACUCACCCCCGUAGAUAUACAGGACAAAUUAAGUAAAAUGAAGGAGGACGACAAAAAGAAGAAAAUGCAGCAGGAUGAUACCUUCUCCAAGGGGAAGAAGCACCCUCUGCAACAGCCCAGGAAUCAGCUGACCAUCGAAUCCUUUUUUAAAAAGAAAAAGAUCAAUUGA